AUGGAGCAGGCGCAGCUGAGAGGGUUUAGGGACCAUAGAAGGGAAGGCCUCUGGAGGGACGCGCAGGACAGCGCUGAGGAACAGCAGCUGAGCGCCUUUUUGGCGGACGACGGCGACCAGCCAUACCCGGAGGAUGCAGACAAUGACGGUGAUGUAAUAAUAAUAAUAAUAAUAAUAAUAAUAAUAAUAAUAAUAAUAAUAAUAAUAAUAAUAAUAAUAAUAAUAAUAAUAAUAAUAAUAAUAAUAAUAAUAAUAAUAAUAAUAAUAAUAAUAAUAAUUCAUCAUGCUUGCAGCCUCGAUCGAGGUUUACCUUCUGGCCCCGGCUGGGGGGUGCGCGGCGGAGACGGCCAGCCGGCCGCAGCCGACGCCGCCGUCGCCACAGUCUCGCUUUGGAGACGGGUGCGGCGGGCGGAGGGGACGGACGAAGGAAGGAAGGAAGGAGAUUACACAUCAACUCCAGCCGCCCAGGGCUGA